UCAUUUGAAAGAGGCUUCUGUCAAAAUAAUGAGUUUUUGUACUUGCUAAUGAUUUGUGUAGUGGACGCUUUAAAGUGUGAUUUGUUUUCGAACGAAACAAAUCGGCAUAAUAUCGAAUAAAACAAUACUCAAAAUCAAUAAAAUCAAUUUGCAAAAAUAGAAACUAAUAGAAAAACAUAAAUAUGAAUAUAACAAUUGAACGAAAGAAAACUGAUUGCAAUGCACUGCCGAAGGGAUGGCAACGCGAAGAGGUGCUACGAAAAACUGGACUAUCAGCGGGCAAAGUAGAUGUUUAUUAUUACAGCCCAAGUGGUGGUAAAGUUGAAACAAAAUCGAAAUUAGUGCGUCAAUUGGGCGAAACAAUUGAUCUAUCAACGUUUGAUUAUCAAUCGGGUCGUCAUCAAAUGUUCAAUCCAAAUUCAUCUCCGUCUCCGUCUCCAUGUCAACCAUCGAGCAGCAGUCAAUCGAUGGUUAAUCCAUUUCAACGUCCUUCGAUACGUCGCUCGAUUCAUGAAACACCAAUGGGCCCACCUUCGCCUGUCACAUCAGGUGCAUCAAGUCGUGGUAUUAGAACGGAUGUUUCACUGGUUCCACCAAUUAGACAAACAGCGUCCAUAUUUAAGCAACCGGUAACAGUUCAUCGAAACCACGAUUCAAAGGUGAAAAACGAUUUAAAACAUGGUACAUCACAAGAAAAGCCGAAACAACUAUUCUGGGAAAAGCGUUUAGAGGGUUUACAUGCUUGCGAUAUGGAUGGCAAUGAAUUUGGACCAAUUGAACUGCCGCGCGGCUUGAAGCCGGUUGGACCAAAUGUAAACAAUGGCACACUGCUACAGUCGGUCACAACGGCAUUACAUUUAAAUACCACAUUAGCAAUAACAGGUCAAACAGCACCAAAACCAGCACUCACAUCCAAUGCAGGCGUAUAUUUGAAUCCAGAACAACCUCUCAUGCACGCCGUUACUAUUACCGAAGAUGACAUUCGACGGCAAGAGGAUCGCGUGACAAACGCUCGCAAAAAGCUACAAGACGCAUUAAAGUGCUAAAAUCUUUCUUUCAUUCUUGAUUAUUAUUAUUUCUCUUUUUUUGUUUUAAAUCCGUCAAUUCAUAUAAACAUUAAGAUUCACAUUA